AUGAGGAAGCCUAGAUGGCUAGUACUUAAGAAUAAAGGUUUCAUCGAGAGGGAAUCGCCAUUGACGACAAUGGGCUUGAGUGUAUCCCGUCUCCUUCAAAACACAAUCAUCGUGAAGAACUGUCUAUUCCCUGGAAUAUGGCUGCCUGGUGUGCUGCAUGAUUGUUUCGUCUGGACCCUAUUUGUGGCAUCCAGGGUACAGCCAUUGUGGGGCGACAGGUGUAUUCGGGGCUGUGAUUGGCCCGGCGGGCUAAUCCAAAAGCUUAGGGGUCUCGCCUUGCGGACCAAAGGCUUGUUGGUCAGCCCUAUAUGCAGCUCGGAAUCCGCGGGUUGCCAGGCAUCUGUAUACUGUGGUGGCUGA